AUGAUGGAUUACGGCGACGAACGACCGCGGAAGCGCGCAAAAUUGGCGUGUACGAAUUGCAACGCGCGACGAGUCAAAUGCGAUGUCACGGAUCGCCAGCCAUGUCGCAACUGCGAAGUGGCACAGGCUGUGUGCGAAAUGCGCGAGUCAAAGCGCGGCAAACAUCCUCGAAAGCCCAAGGUGGAGAAUGACAAGCGCAACAGCAUUGUCGCAGUGGACACUGCGAAGGUUCACAUGACCCCUGAGCGGCAUGAAGAUGACAUUGCUGCAUCACACGUGCUUGCAUCUCUAUCAACAAAGUUUCACAGCCCUGCGGAAAAUCAGGCUGCGAAUAACAACAUCGACUUCCAAUUCGCUAAACCUCGUAGGUGUGCAGACUUGCAGGCGGGACUUUCACAGACCGAAACAACUCGACCAGAAGACGAUGCAGCGGUCUUCUUAGGCGAGUCCAGUUCACUCAGAUACGUGAGUGAGGAGGAAGUCCCAGUUUUAGCGCUUCAUCGCCCUCGACUGCGCCAUUCUGUACCUAAUGCCGUGAAGGCAGAAGCGUUUGUCCCCGAGUGGGAGGCAGAGAGACGCCGUAAACGAAUGGAAGCGCUCCAAGCCGAAGGUGCUUUUUCUUUUCCUCCAAGCAAUGUUUGCAUUGCCCUCUUGGAGGCCUACUUCCAAUGGUUUCACCCACAUUUCGCUGUCGUUGACGAAGCAGACCUUUGGGAAUCGCACCGCCAAGGGACUAUCUCACCUCUCUUAUUGCAAGCUAUGCUAUUCAUCGGUGUCAUUCACUGCGAGGAGCUGACGCUACGCAAUUUGGGAUGGGGAAACCGUCAUCGAGCAAGAUAUAUUUUCUACAUUCGCGCCAAGGAUAUCUACGAUGCAUCCUAUGAGACCAACAAGCUAAUUGUCCUCCAAGCUGUGUUUUUGAUGAGUUUCUGGCGUGCCGGUGCGCUCCUAGAGAAAGACGCUCGUCAUUGGCUUUCAGUUGCCAUCAGUCUAGCCCAGACCAAAGCACUGCAUCGUUCCACGGGAGAGUCAGACGAGAAACUUGCAAGGCUCAAACGGCGGUUAUGGUGGGCCAUAUAUGUCCGUGAGCGUCAAUGCGGCUCCGCUCUUGGCCUCCCCAGCCGCAUCCGCGACGAAGACUGCGAUGUUGAGCCUCUGACCAUCUUGGACUUUGAGUGGGCCUACUUGCCAACAUAUUCUCCGAUCGAUGCUGAACGGUAUAAGGAUUAUGGUGUAGGUAUGGUGCAGCUUGCCGUGUUUCUUGGCAGGAUCGUUGAUACCGGUUACCUUCCCAAUCGCACACUUAAGCCUGACGACCGCGCAACUAUCAGGGACGAGCUCUACAAAUGGAAGCAUGAGCUUCCCCUGGUCAUGCAGGUCUCAGUCGACACAGGCGAUGAUCCGAGUUUCCAGGCUAGCAUGCUGCAUCUUGCCUACAAUAAUUUGCUCAUGCUACUCUACCGGUCGAACCUUAUCAACGAGGAAGACGGGAGCACCGAUAUCGAAGGCAAUAUAGCGCUGCAAGCCGCUGCUCGUAACUCCCGUAUCGUGGAGGAUAUGCUACCCCGAGCGAACAUCGGUCAUGCGCAGAUACAUGUCAUCACAAAUCUGUUCAACACGCUUUGCAUACAUGUUGCACACCUCAGACGAUCCACAGGCAUCAACCGAACGUUGGCUGAGCACCGAGCAAAGCUCUGUCUACUAGGCCUACAGGAGCUGCAAAAGACCUGGGAAGUGACCAACUGGGUCCUUCAACUCUUCUUCCAGUAUCUCGAUCGAUCCACCGUUGCGCGUCUCGCGAUGGAAGCCGACGAUAUCGGCAUCUCUAGCGUAGUAGCACCGAGCGGACACGCAACACGCGCCUCAACACCCCUCACGCAGCAUGGCAACAAAGUGGAUGCCGACGAUGUCAACGCAAUGCUCACGAUGCAGCAAAUGAGCAAUCAUCAACCAGAGACAGGCAUGACGCCAUGGUCGUGGACUACCGAUGAAGCAAACCAGUACCUUUUCUCGCAAAUUGAGAACGACUUUGCCUUCGGCGAGGGCGGCAUGCUGCAGCGGAGCCCAAACGACCUUUUGAACAACGUUCUGACGCCGAAUUUUGGUUUCAGUGACCUCAAUCCUCACGGGAAUGGGGUCCCACAUGGGCCCUGA